AAUCGAUGCAAGAUAUUUUUAAAAUGUUUACUAGCCUGAAUGUGUCUAUGUUCAUAGUAAUUUCUGUAUAUAAUUUACUAAUAAGUUCAGAUAACAAAGAAAUUUUCUUUUGUCAUUUGAAAGAUGGCAUUAACCAAUAUCUUACUUCUUAGUCAAAUAUCUGGAUAUGUCGUAGCUCUUGUUUUAUCACUUUGUAUCAUCAUACCAAUGAGUUUGCAUGAAGACGAAUUUAGAGGACAUUGUCUGUUGUUCUCAACAGGAACUUGGCAAGAAUCAGACGGUCAGUUUGUAGUAAAUUGGGCCUCACAAGCAUACUGUAAUUACACAAUAUUUGUUGGUUUGAUGCUGUUGUUAACAUCUGCGGUUCAAAUUUAUCGGCUUUCCCUGCUUAUGUACCGUGGAGAAGACAGUUCCUUCCUAUCUGCAUUCAUAGAUGUUGUUAGUUCAAUAUUCCUUACAACAAUCACUUUAAUCGCUGCAAUUAUUAUUACGCUUGGAUUUAUGACUUGGUGUCAAUGUAUGACCAAAAGAUUUCCAUCUUGCGAAUUGGCAGCUGGGAAUGACAUUGACAAAGCUGAUGGUAUAGACACAAAUGGUUUUCAUAUUGAAUUAGCUGCAGUCCAAUUUGGUACAUGGACCAGUUUAUCUAUUUGGGUUGGCCUGUCAGUAUUCGCAGUACUAAAAUUGUUACGAUAUCAUCAAUUAGAAAAUAUGAAGGUUUCAAUGUACAGAGAAAGACAAAGAUUAAUAGAAGCUGCUAGAAGUAACGAAAUUCAAGAAUCAACUUAAAAAUUUUGAUUGUCUAAAAUUCUUAAAAUGGUAGUAUUUUUUAUUUUAUUAUUCUUACUCUUCAGAGAAAUAUUUAUACUCUAUGAAAUCAGUUUUCCAAACGCACACUUUGUUGUAAUCAAUAUAAUCAUAAACAUUUAAUAUGCUCCAAGAUGAUUUAUUUAAUCUAUUAAGGAGUUGAAAAACUGUAUUUACAGAAGUAAGAAGUUAUAAUGUUGAAAUGAAUAUGGCUUAUACUUAAAAGAUAUAAUUUAUUAGCUAUAUCUUUGCGUUUAUACAUAUCAAGACUGUAUAAAAUUGCAAUUUAUGCUUUAAAUUAGAAUUUAGGUUCAGUACCUUUAAUUUAACUGAUAGUAUUUUAGUUUUUUUAUUGUGUAUUAUAUUUCCGCCCAAUUGUAUAUACAGUAUGUAAAAAUGAUAUAAAUUACAUUAAAAUAUAUUAUUGAGAUAUAUAUUACAUAAAGAACAUGUAAUAUACAAUUGGUGAUAUUUGUAAGUAUAGACAUACACGAUUAUAUUCCAUGAACGUAUGUAUGUAAAUUAAGAGUUCCAUGUUAUAGAUAAGCAUACAUAAAUGUAGUAAGAACUAUAUUUUGUAAAUAUAAAUGUUAUAUAUAUUCUCAUAAUAUAUCAGAAUUGUAAUAAUA